GAUUAAACGGGUUGUUUUCUCUCUCUUGCGUGAAAUAAGAUUUUCGGGUCAGCUAGGUUGACCCUUGACCUGAGGAUCAUGGCAGAGGCCUAUUAUGUUGGGGUUGAUGUGGGUACUGCCAGUGUGAGGGCUGCACUGGUGACCAGAGAGGGGCUCCUGAAGACCACAGCAGAGGAGCCCAUCACCAUCUGGAAGCCCCAGCCGGAGCACUAUGUCCAGUCCUCCACAGAGAUAUGGCAGAAAUGCUGCUCAGUGGUCAAGGAAGUGACCAGUGGGGUGCAAAGCGACCAGAUCCGGGGCGUCGGCUUCGAUGCCACCUGCUCUCUUGUAGUUUUGGAUGAACGUUUCCAGCCAGUGCCAGUCACUCAGGAGGGCGACCCGCAGAAGAACGUGGUGAUGUGGAUGGACCAUCGCGCUACGGAGCAGGCGGCUCGGAUAACAGAAGCCGGACACAGGGUCCUGAACAGGGUGGGAGGGGUCAUGUCGCAGGAGAUGCAACCUCCAAAGCUCCUCUGGCUCAAAGAGAAUCUAAAGGACAGCUGCUGGGACAAAGCCGCUCACUUUUUUGACCUGCCGGACUUCCUGUCCUGGAAAGCUACAGGCUCCACAGUGAGGUCUUUAUGUACUCUAGUGUGUAAGUGGACGUACUGUCCUCUCGGUGGCUGGGAUCCCAGCUUUUGGAUUAGCCUUGGACUGGAGGGUCUUCUGGAAAAUAAUUUCUCCAAAAUAGGCAGCGCGACGUGUUCUCCAGGAAGUCCUCUGGCAGGAGGCCUGACCCCGCAGGCCGCAGCAGAUCUGGGUCUGGACCCGGGAACAGCAGUCGGUGCUUCACUCAUUGAUGCUCAUGCCGGAGGCUUAGGUGUUAUAGGCGCUGAUGUGCAAGGCUUCGAUUUACCCUGCGAGGGCUGGCCAAUCACGUCACGCAUGGCGAUGAUCUGUGGGACGUCAACUUGUCACAUGGUGAUUAGUGAGAAGCCUCGGUUAGUGCCCGGAGUGUGGGGACCCUACUUGUCCGCCAUGGUGCCAGACCUGUGGCUUAACGAGGGAGGACAGAGUGCCACAGGAAGUCUGAUCGACCACAUUGUGCAGGGCCACGCUGCUUACGCCCAGCUCCAGGAACAGGUUAACCAGAGCGUUCCCUUCACGGGCGCCAACAUUUACUCGUAUCUGAACAGCCACUUGGCUCAGAUGGCCGGCUCGCCGCCUGCUGUGGACCUGCUGGGAUCCAGCCUUCACGUGUGGCCGGAUUUUCACGGCAACAGGUCGCCGCUCGCUGACCCCGCUCUGAAGGGAAUGGUGAUCGGUCUGCCUCUUUCCCAAACCGUGGAUGACUUGGCGCGGCUGUAUUUAGCGACGCUACAAGCUCUCGCUCUCGGGACGCGUCACAUUCUGGAGACCAUGACAGCAUCAGGAUAUGACAUCAGAACCCUCUUCCUGUGUGGCGGCUUGAGCAAAAACCUUCUGUUUGUACAGAUCCAGGCUAAUGCUACAGCACUUCCUGUGGUGCUGCCGGACCAGUCCGAGGCCGUUUUAGUGGGCGCAGCGGUUCUGGGCGCCUGUGCAUCCCAGGACUAUGAAACCGUACAGGAGGCCAUGGAGAAAAUGGCUAAAGUUGGGCAAGUCGUUCAGCCGCAACAGGACCUCAAGAGUUUCUAUGACAGGAAGUACCAGGUGUUCCUGAAGCUGUUCUCCCACCAGAGGGAGUACCAGGCCCUCAUGAAGCGCCGAUGAGACGCAGACCGGGGGAACCGCUGCAGACGUCUUCUCCUCGCAGCUCUUAUUAAUAGGAAUAAUUUCACCUUUUUUUUCACCUGCUGCUUUUCUUUCAUUUCGCCUGAAGAAAACCCACAUGCUGAAGGUUUCUGUUCGUCCUCAGAUGGCAGCUGUUGCUCAAGUCGCGUCUUAUAUUUUGCUCGCUUCGUCUCCAUGUGCAUUCCUAAUAAAUAUUUGCUGAUCUUGAAA